AUGAUCUCCUUUUUCUAUCUGUUUUCCAACGAGAAAAAUGACAAUCUCGCUGAACUUAUAAAAUUAAUUCCAUUAACGUUGAAGUGGUUUAAACUUUUGACCCCCGAAGAACUGUCGGUACGGUAUAUAACACUAUCUAUCUAUCUAUCUAUCUAUCUAUCUAUCUAUCUAUCUAUCUCUUCAUUACUUAACUCUCUAUAUCUAUCUAUCUAUCUAUCUAUCUAUCUAUCUGUUUUUGAUGUAUCUCAUAUUUCUUUAUUUAUUGUAAUGUUUUACUCAUUCAUUCAUUCAAUCUUUCUUUCUUUCUUAUCUGCGCGUUUAUUUAGUUAUUGUAUUGUUUUUUGUUCUUUUCUUUCGAUACCUUCCUUAUUUCUUUGUUUAUUUAAUUAUUUCGAUCUUUCUUUCGUUCUUUCUUUCUUCUUUCCUUUCUACGUCUCUCUUAUUUCUUUGUUUAACUGUUUUAUAUCUUUCUUCUUUCUUUUCUUCCUUCUUUAUUUAUUUCCUUCUUUUCUUUCAACACCUUUCUUAUUUCUUUGUUUAUACAGUUUAGUUGCAUCAUUUUCCUUCAACAUCUUUCCUAUUUUUUUUAUCCACCAUCUCUCUAUUUCUUUCUUUCUUUCUUUCUAUAAUUCUCAAAUCAUAAUUCAAGCCAUUCAUUUUCCUAACCAUUCAGGUACGACCAAUAUAUUCCCAUACCACUUCCUUCAACCUUCAUUUAAAUGUCUCUCUUUAUUUUUCCCUGAAGACAAAAAAAAGGAAGCUGUACCCUUAUUCUUCUAA